UUUAUUAUAAUUGCUUCAUUUAAGUUUUAGUGGUUAGUUUUGUAAAAAGGAAAAAUAUUUUACGAUGAAGUUUGAUUCAAUUAUCAUAUUUCUAAUUAUUGCAACUUAUGGAUCAUACUAUGUUGUACUACCUUGUCCUCGGGAGUGUCCAUACUGUGAUGUUGAAAUUUCUAGUACUUAUCAUUAUAUUUUACAUGUCAACAAUGCACACUCAGAUAAUGAAAUUUCCACUUGUCCCGAAUGUCAUGAAAAAUUUGAAGCUGGUAGUGUUUUAGAAUUACAUAUUAUUCAAAAUCAUGCUGAAAAUGACAAAUUAGAAUUGAUAAAACAAAUAGAAUAUGAUCAUAUGGUUUCAGUGAUGACACAGAUACAGAUAAAUAAAGAAGCUGAACAGUUACAAAAAGAGGAAAUUAAUAAUAAAAUGCUGGAAUCACCUACAAUAGAAAAUAUAACUGAACUCAUCUUAAGUCACUUAAUUAACAAUAUUGCCGAAGAAAAACAUGUCUAUUUAGCGUCUUCAAUGGAUUUCUACGGGUCUGCUCGCGAAGAUAUUAAAUAUGGUUGUAGUUAUCGAUGCAUGCAGAUGUUGUUAUCUAGUAUUAUGCUAAAUGUAGAUUUUAAAACUCAUUUAACUAGCAUGUGGAUAAAUUUGCAUAAAAUGUCAAUUUCGCGUACCAGGAUGCCAAAUGUGUCAAUGCUAUGGAGGCAUUUAGAGGAAUGUUGGAAUAUGGGUAUUGAUCCUAAUGGUAAAAAAGAAACUUAUGAUACGAGUGAAAGUAAAAAUAAAAGUCCGAAUAAACUUGGUGCUUCGAUAGAUGACGUGAAUUCAGUUUUUUUGGGAUUAGGAAUUAAGUUUGAGUAUAAACUUUUUGAUAGAAAUACAAACAGAAAUAACUACCAAGAAAUGUUAAAUUGGUUAUAUUUACAUUUUAUAAAUAUAAAUAAUCUAAAAUAUAUAUCGCCAGUAUAUCUAUCAUUUAAAAAAAGUAAUGAAAAAAAACCAGGUCACGCAACGAUAGCAAUUGGUGUAGAAGUUGAUAAAAAUAAUACAAUAAUACCGUUAGUUUUGUGUCCCAAUGAGAAUUAUACCAAAUUACAAACUAAACAUGGAGAGAAAGCUUUAAAAUACAUUCGAUCACCUUCAUUUUUACGCAAACGCACUCUAUAUAGAGUUGGAAUAAUCAUGGGAAUUGAUGCUACUCUAAUUUAGAAUUUAAAGCAAUUUCAAAAAAAAAUUAUUUAAAAUGUCAGUACACGGACUGGGAAUUUUAAGGAUGAAUUCAUGAAAACGAAAUUUAAUCAAAAAAAUAUUUACUAGUUUGUAUACAACUGUUUAUCAAAUUUUCAUCUGAAAAUAAAAAAUUAAUUAUAUAAACAUUUUAUUUGAUUUACAUACACUAUUGUUAUUUUUUUAAAAUAAUAAAUGUUGUACUCAUUUAUUUA